AUGAAGGUUACAGAUAUCCUCGUUGCGGCUGUGGCCCUUGCAGCAGGCGCCGAAGCGCAACGACCUGGUGCACAGAGACCAAAUUUCGCGUCUCGAGUCUCGAGUUUCUUCGUUGGUACAACGCUGACAAGCAGACCAACAGCCAACCCGUUCGCGCCUUCAGCAGCGUCCUCAUCGUCAGGCCUCAGAAACCUAAACAUUCCUUCUGGCCAGACACAGACAGCAUCUGUCACAAGCCUGGGUCAAUUACCAUCGAUUGUUCCUACAAUCCCAUCAGCUACUUCCUCUGUCCCUCUCUCCACAGCUACCGUGAUAUCUGGUAUUAACAGCACCACGGGCACGAAUGUCACAACCAGCUCGAACACUACUUCGUGUAUACAAGAUGCCAAAAGCAACCCGGGUUUGGCAAACAGCGCUCAACACCGAUGCAGUUGGGGUCCUGGAUUUGAUAUCAACACCAACUAUUAUACCACAUGGCCAAAUACUGGCAAGACUGUCAAAUACACCUUGACCAUCACAAACGGUACGAUCUCUCCGCAAGGUGACAGGAAGCUCGGUUUCCUUGUCAAUGGCCAAAGUCCAGGACCUACCAUUACUGCUGACUGGGGUGACAUGCUCGAGAUCACUGUAGUCAACAAUCUGCAGCACAACGGUACUAGCAUCCAUUGGCAUGGACUGGUUCAGCAGAACGGCAAUGACCAAGAUGGUAUUGGUGGUGUCACACAGUGCCCAAUUGCUCCGGGCGAUAGCAUGACAUACAAAUUCCAGGCCACUCAAUAUGGCAGUUCAUGGUAUCACUCCCAUUUUUCGAGUCAGUAUGGUGAGGGUGUUCGAGGUCCUAUUGUCAUUAACGGCCCAACUUCUGCCAACUACGACGUCGAUCUGGGUACUGUCAUGAUCACGGAUGAUUAUGCCUUGACUGCAUUCCAGGAGACUUGGCUCGCAUCUCGAUUCGGACCGCCGACAGCUAUCAACUAUCUUCUCAAUGGUCAGAACGUCAAAGUCGAUGGAUCGGCAGGACAACGCUCCAAGUGGACGUUCACUCCAGGACUGAAGCACAAGAUUAGGAUCAUCAAUGCUGCGGUAGACCACCAAUACAAAGUUCAGAUUGACCAGCAUGAUUUGCUCGUUGUCGCAAUGGACUUCAUCCCCCUUAAUCCUUACAGCACCAAGGAACUCUCACUUUCAACUGGUCAAAGAUACGAUAUCAUUGUUGAAGCCAAGCAGCCAGUUGGCAACUACUGGUUCCGAGCUUUGAAGGCUGGUGAUUGCUCCUUUGGUGCCAAUGACGGGACUGGCAAUGCCAACGGUAUCAUUUCAUACACCGGUGCGAGCGGCGCUCUCCCAACCUCUAGGUUGACCACGACACACAGUAAUGCCUGUGUUGACGAGCCCAUCAGCGUACUGAAGCCUGUCUUUGCUCUCAACGUUGAUUCUGCUCCUUUCACUUCGGCCGUCAGCAGCCUGGGCGUGGGCGUGGGCACUGUACGAACAACCAACGACACUGUUUUCCAAUGGAACAUCGGUGGUAUCAGCCAAGUUAUUGACUGGUCCGCCCCGGUUCUGCAAAGUUCAGUGGCUUCAGUCAACCAAUUUGACACGGCCAGGCACAUUGUGUCGCUCCCAACUGCCAACGUCUGGACAUACUGGGUUCUCCAGAACCAAUUCUUUGCUCCUCAUCCUAUGCAUCUCCAUGGUCACGACUUUUUCAUCCUGGGAACCGGCACCGGCACAUUCAGCGCAUCUGCGAACCUCGGUCAGCUCAACUUCACCAACCCACCACGACGAGAUACAGUCCAGUUGACCUCGCAAGGCUGGGCCGUCGUUGCAUUCAAGACUGAUAAUCCAGGUGCUUGGUUGCUCCACUGCCACAUCAGCUGGCAUGCUGCUGGUGGUCUUUCCCUCGGGUUCUUGGAACGACCAUCCGAGAUCCCGUCCAUGUACGGCACUAAGGUGAACUCGCAAGCCUACAAGAACACCUGCUCGAACUGGAAGACAUAUGCUGCUACCAUGGUUUACCACCAAGACGACUCUGGCCUCAAGAAGCGUGAGACAAUUGGUGGCAACGUCGAGCUCGAGAUGGAAGUCAUGGAUGAGAUGCCAGAGCGACGAGCACUAGAGAAGACAGUUGUCCGCCGAGAGGUCAGCCACUGGGGCAAUCAGGCCUACUAA